AUGAGUGUGGCUGGUCGACGGAGCCACAAUCACAACGGGCGAUGCCCUACCGCGGGCGGGGCUCGACCUCAAGCAUGGGUCGCCCGUCGACUGGCCUUCGUCGUCCUCCCUCUCUGCCUCGGCCUGACUUUCUGGCUGCCCAACAUCGGCGGCUGCCAAGCCCUCAAUCUUCCCAGGGAUGCCGCCGCCGCCGUUGUCGACGACGAGGUGCCAAAGUGCCCCGUGCAGCCGCCUGCGCGCGCGCCCUCGGUCGUGUGGCAGCCAGAGACCAACUCGACCUGGCUCGACGAGAGCGCCGCGAGGCUGGGUGCGGCGGUCCGCAUCCGGACCGUCAGCUACGACGAUAUGGACCUGGACCCGACGCGCGAGGAACGAUUCAAGCCGCUCGUCGACUUCCACGCCUUCCUGGCCGAGACGUUCCCCCUCUUCCACUCGGUGGCCAACCUGACCAAGGUCAACACCUACGGACUGCUGUACGAGUGGACCGGAAGCGAUCCCUCGCUCAAGCCUGCCCUCUACCAGGGACACCAGGACGUCGUGCCCGUGCCCGAAGACACUGUGUCUCGCUGGUCCCACGAGCCGUUCAGCGGCGAGUAUGAUCGAGAAACGGGCCUGGUCUGGGGUAGGGGAAGCAGCGACGACAAGAACAUGCUCAUCUCGAUCUUUGAGGCCUUCGAGCAGCUGCAGAGCGAAGGGUUUCGACCCCGCCGCACAAUCCUCUUGUCCAGCGGCUUCGACGAGGAGAUUGGAGGCCAGCGGGGCGCGGGCACCCUACUCGUCGAGAUGCUGAGGCGCUACGGCAACAGUGGCGAGCGUGGCAAUGGCAACUCGACGACGGACAAGCCGCUCGAGUUUAUCAUCGACGAAGGAGGCCUGGGCAUCGGCACCACGCAGCAGGGUCGCCUCGACGUGGCCCUGCCGGCCGUGGGCGAGAAAGGGUACGCCGACAUGCGCAUCGACAUCGAGACCGAGGGAGGCCACUCUUCGAUUCCCCCGGACCACACGGCCAUUGGCAUGCUCUCCGAGAUGCUCGUCGAUCUCGAAAAGAACCCCUUUGAACCCAGCCUGUCGACGCGCAACCCGGUCCUGACGCACCUCAUCUGCCUGGCCGACGCCCUCGACGAGCAGGAGCUUCGUGGCGGCGGCGGCGCCGACGGCGAUGACCAGGCCGAGACGUACGAGGGCUUCGUGCUGGACCGAGCGCUGCGCAAGCAGCUGCGUCGCCCCGACCAAUGGCCUCAGGCUGCGCGUCGCAUCGCAAAGGACGGGACGAGGACGGAGCGGUUCGUGAUCCAGACGUCGCAGGCGAUCGACGUCAUCACUGGCGGCGUCAAGGCCAACGCGCUUCCCGAGUCGGCCAGCGCCACCAUCAACUACCGCGUCUCGGUCGACGCGACCGUGCAGCAGGUUGUCGACAAGGUCGAGGGCCUCGUCGCCCGCGUUGCGCGCCGCCACAACCUCGAGCUCAGCGUCGACGGUCCAGAAAAGGCCAAUUCCUCGGACGCGUCGGAGCCGGCGCGCCGCGAUGCCCCAUCCGAGGGCAAACAGGCCAGCGGAGGCAAGGUCAAGCUGACGGUGAUACAGUCGACGGAGCCCACGCCCGUCUCGCCCGUCACGUCUAGCCAGUUUGGCAUGCUGGCCUCGACCAUCCGGCACGUCUUUCCUGGCCGCGGUCAAGAGGGCCAGAAUGGCGCCGACGAAAAGGGCAAGGGCAACGCCACCGGUAGCGACCGGAUCGUGACGCCUGGCGUCAUGGCGGGCAAUACCGACCUUCGUCGGUACUCGGACCUCUCGACCAACAUUUGGCGCUUCCACCCCAACACGUUUAUGAUGAACAGCGGCAAGCACACGGUCGAUGAGAGGAUGGACAUCCGCGCCCAUGCCAAGACGACGCGCUUUAUCCAUGCCCUCGUGCGCAAUACCGACGGCCCAAUCUGA